AUGAGUCGCACACCGGCAGAUGGGGGCUCCUUGAAGUCAGGUAAGGAUUCAGUGAGUUUCGAUGUUUGUGAUAAUAUACACGUCAAUGGUCUAUGUGCUCUCCGAAAGGCGUAAAAAUGUGUGUAAACUCUGUAAAACCUAACCCAUUUCAAAGAAUAUGUAUCGAGGUUCCAGCAGUCAAUUUUAUGGGAUUAUAAGAUAGGCACCUUCGUAUAACUGAGCAUAUAAAAAAGAGGUUAAAACUUAAAGAUCCUAGCGUAAAAUACAAAAUAUAUUUGUUUUUUGUGAAGUCAAUAAACACUAAAUAGCUGAACACAACUCUUGAGCCCAAGAUAGUCGGGGUGACAAUUCAGAACCCUCUUUUGUCACCGCUGUCAAAAAAUAGUUGAGUACACAAACCAUGAGCGAUACCAGGCGUUUCAAUGUUGACAGUGACCAUGUUUCUAAUAUAAGUGUAAAGGUUCAAUUUGAACGGAUUGGCUUCGAAAAAGGGCUCAAAUUUACUACCUCUGAGCUAAUUGUAAGAUAAGGGCUAAAAAAGAAUGACCGAGUUCUUGGAUGUACUCCUUUUCCAGCCAAUGUAUUGCUUUUUGGGCAAUCAGGCAAUAACUAGGACACGCGAGGAGGUGAACGGAGAUGAUGUUGGUAAGAAGGGAAACGUUGUCAAUCCGCGAACCUCCUUUAAUACUUGGCCGUUUAAUUUUGACAAUUUUUUUGUUAUUAGUUAUGUAGGCGUAAAGUUUCUAAAUCAUGGAGUAAAAAUCUUGAUCCAUGCCUUUAUCUUUUAUAAAAAGACUUUAUUAGGUAUUUAUUUUCAGAUCAAGAUGAUCCUCGCUUCGUAUUCGGCCAUAAGACUCGAUUGGUCAUCCUCUUACUCAGCACUGUCUCAUUCAUGUUUGUUAUUUGCAACGUGGUCGCGUUGAACUUCAGUGUCAUCUGUAUCUUCAAACAGGACCAAAAUGGGCACUUCACUCAUAAUCUUUCAGGUAUGAUUCACGAUCAGUAUUGUUGUUAAUAUUAAUCGAUAUUAAUCUUGAAGCUUUCAGUACCACAUAGACAUCAAAAGAAGGAGCUGCUCUACACCGCAACAGAGCAAAACUGGCUCUUUUCGGCGAAUGCUAUCGGAAUAUUGACCGGGACAUUUCCCAUUACAUACCUCACAAUCAAGAUGGGAGCGAAGUAAGACUUGAUAAAACUUGAAUAAAACUACAAAAUAUUAUAACCAUGUCAAGGCUUUGCAGUUAUGCCAAUCUCAGACUUUCAAUUUGUAAAUUUAAGGAAAGUAAUUACAAUUUAUGGAAUGACAUCUGCUAUAUCAACCCUACUCAUGCCAGUGGCUAUUCACACCGGUUAUGUGGUGGCGUUUAUUUGCCGGGCUUUCCAGGUGGGCUAGAAGAAGAUUUUGAUAAAUUUAGAAAACUAUAAAGACGGACAUAGCCUCAGGAACAUGUCCCAGGCUUUGAAAUUUUAUAUUCGUUACUAUGCUUCGAUUUAUAAUACUUUUAGGGCUUCGGCGUGGCAAUUACAUUCCCGGCAAUGGGUUCCAUUGUCGCGGAAUGGGCGACCGUGCGGAAGUCUGGAACCUAUGCCGCCUGGAUGUCGACCUACCUUCAAUUGGCUCAGGUUUUCACAAUGCCAGUGGCUGGGACACUGUGUGAAAGCUCGGUUGGAUGGCCGGCGACAUUCUACAUUCAAGGAUCGAUAACUUUUGUGCUCUUUGUAGCUUUUUGGUUCUUUUAUGAGGACAGUCCGAGUCGGCAUCGGUAAGAUGGCAGCUAUAUAAGUAUAUGCCUAAUAUCAAUCAAUUUUCAGAUUUGUCAGCCGAAAAGAGCUGUCAACUCUGCAGAAGAACAAGACGAUUCGGAGUUUGGAAGAGUCGAGGCAUGACAAAGUACCUUAUAAGGCAAUCUUAACAGACAAAGCGAUCAUCGGGAUAUUGCUCUCGUUCUUCGGAACGAGUGUUGGAUUCCAAAUCUUCUUUCAAUACGGGCCGAUUUACUUGAACCAGGUGAGGAUUUACAACAGAAAUUUUGAUCCAUAACUUUUUUAAAAACAUAAAGAAAAUUUUUUUUUGAACACCUCCACUUCAUGCCAGUUAUAUAUAUCAGGUUCAAGGAUACGAUAUCCGAAAAACCGGCGCAAUUGCCGCCCUUCCAUUUAUAGUGGCGGUUGUUGCCAAGCUAAUCGGUGGGCCAUGCGUUGACAAGAUCCCAUUCCUCGGAGACAAGGCUCGAAUAAUUCUUUUCGCAUCGGUGACACAGUAUUCAUUGGCUGCUGUAAUGUUGCUCUUGGCUCUACUUCCGAUUGGAGAGCAGACUUGGCUGCUGGUUUGUUAUAAUGCAGCGAUCGCGUUAAGUGGACUGAACUUGGUGACCGCUUCAAAGGCUGCGCAAAUGGUGAGUUUUGAUUCGAAAAAAGUAAGAUAAAAAAUUCAGAUCUCCGGGAGAUUUAUCCAUUUUAUAAUGGCACUUAAUAUGUUCACCACGAGCAUCAUUAUUCUGUUUGUUCCUAUGAUGGUGGCGGUAUUUGCGCCCAAUGGGGAUCCUGCGGAGGUGAGUCAAUACAAAUGUCAUGUAAACUUACAGUGGGGGGGGCCUGAUCCAGGGGCAAAAAAACGUACCAUUUUGCAUCCAGGAAGUAUCAAAAAUCUGGCAAAAUGCUUCCUCUCCAAGUGAAAAAGCUCCGAUUUCAAAAGCGCGCCCUUCAAAAAGAACUUUUUUCGGUUGGAGAGGGAAGCAUUUUGCCACAUUUUUGACGCUUCCCGGAUGCAAAACGGUACGUUUUUUUGCCACUGGAUCAGGUGCCUCACUGUACUGCUAAAAAGACUUUGCUUGGAAUACUAUGCAUUUUCAAAAAAUAAAAAAAAAUGACUAGGCUUCUUUAAACUUUUCACUUGCUUUAUAAACGCUUUGCAACGCCCAGAAAACAUUUCAUCUUAUUGUUUGUGAUCUGUUUUUUGUGUCAAAUUUCUUUUUUCUAUUCUUUAACGUCCCCUCUUCCAGUGGGCAGGCAUGUUUAUUGGCGUGGCGGUUCUAAUUGUCAUCGUAACCACAAUAUUCAACGCGACAGCCCGAGUUGAACCGGCCACGUGGGCUGAGGAAUCCACUGAUCAUCCAGCCAGACAUCGACCAGCAAUCUUCCACUUGAAUGUCGGAAUUUUGAAUGUAAAACCGAAAAGAAAGGUUUACAAAGUCACACCAACACCAUCCUAUCAUUCUCGAGGGGAGAAACUGGACGAAAAUAUUAAAAAUUGA